GGCUGGGCUAAAAAGUUUGGCUAAAACAAUUUGAGCCAAACUUUCCCUCCGAAACACAUCUCACUCUUCCCUCCUCUUCGAUCCACUCUUCACUAACCCAAUCGCACCCUCUUCUCCUCUUAAAGUUUCAAUCUUGAUUACUGAAAGCCCUCGUUCAUCCAAUUUCACCCAAAACCCAAUAACCCAAGGAGGUGCUAUGUAAGUUGCACAUUGCCUGUUGAAUCUCAGAGACAAGAGUGGCCUUAUUGGAAUUUUAAUGGAGCAGCACAAGCGGCUGGUGGUGUGCUCGGAGAAUGAAACCCUGGCGGAGUACAUGCUGAGUAAGUGGCAGGAAUUGGCUGACAAGAAGCCCCAUGGAGUUUCUGAAAAUAUUGGGAAGACGCUGACUAAGGCUUACGCCAAUGUCUGCAACUCCAAGAACCCUGUUAAAACCCUCAAAGAUUUUUCCCAAAUUAAGGGUGUUGGGAAGUGGAUCUUGAAGCUUAUGCAAGGGUUUUUUGACACUGGUUCAGGCGGUUCUGAGCCAGAAGAUGUAACUAACAAGGGUAGGAGGCCUAAAGGAGCUAAACGCUAUGUUCCACAAAAGAACUCUGUAGCAUAUGCUUUACUGAUAACACUUUACAGGGGAACUGAAAGUGGGAAUGAAUUCAUGCGUAAACAAGAACUCAUUGAUGCAGCUGAAGCAAGUGGACUAUCUCGUGUGCCAAUUAUGCCAGAGAAGGGAAAGGGAAUACCUGUACACCCCGGAAAUUCUACAAGGGAAUGGUAUAGUGGUUGGUCCUGCAUGAAGGCAUUGAUAACCAAGGGACUGGUUGUGAAAUCAAGUUGCCCUGCAAAGUACAUGCUUACUCAAGAAGGUAAGGAGGCUGCUCAUGAAUGUCUCGUGAGAUCUGGUUUGCCAAUUCCUGUAGGACUGGUUUCUAAUGCCAAGGAGUCGUCUAUCAUGGAUGUGGACAUUUCACAUCAGGAACUUUCUAGUCCUGGCUUGGCCACAGAUGUGACAUUAUUCUCCUGUAAUUCAAGUAGGAAUAAAAAUUCAAUUGAUAUUCCGAAGGAACAUCUUGACAAGUUUACACGCAUGGGGUAUUCUGAGGAACAGAUCAACAGAGCUAUUAGUGAGGUUUUGCAGACUUCCCAUAACAAGGAAAUCUCUUCACUAUGGCCAUCGGUUCUCUGUCACCUUCGAGAAGAUGCGGUUUAUGGAUUGCAUAUGAAAUCUCAAAGCUCAAGGGGAAACUGUCAGACAACUCCAUCCACUCAUACUCUUGGUAAUGGUGAUAGCAAUUAUGUAGGAAGUGAGAGUCGACUGUCCCACACCUCUCGGGAUGGAGGUCCUUCGCAAAAGAUCAUUUCUGACAAGAGUUGUCCUGUGCCAAAGUCUGGUAUGGCUGGUGUUGAAGCAAGUCUGAAAGCUUUGUCUGCGCCACCUUUAAGCUUUGGUGAGAAAUUUGAAGAAGCGUAUGAAUUAAUCUUUGUAUUGGAUGAUCGAGAACAAUUGGCCAAUCACAUAUCACGGUCUAGGAGCAUUAUCAAGAGUGUUAUAUCUGGAUGCAAAAUCACAGUAGAGGUUAGGCGGUUACCAGUUGGAGAUGGAAUUUGGUUAGCUCGGCAUAAACAUUUUGGGAGUGAAUAUGUACUUGAUUUUAUCGUUGAGAGGAAGAAUGUUGAUGACUUGCGAUGUUCUAUCAGAGACAACCGUUACAGGGACCAAAAAUUGAGACUUUUGAGGUGUGGACUUAAGAAGCUGAUAUAUCUCGUGGAAGGUGAUCCAAAUUCUUGUGACGCAGCAGAAAGCAUCAAAACAGCUUGCUUCACAACCGAACUUUUGGAGGGCUUUGAUGUUCAGAGGACUGGAAAUCUGACUGAAACCUUGAGGAAGUAUGGUUAUCUUACUGAAGCUAUUUUUAGGUAUUACAAAGAUCUAUCUGAGGAACAGCGUAAGCAAGCUGGUGUUUGUCCUCCUUUUGAUGAAUUUAACAAAAGGUGCCAAGACCUGGAUAAGAUGACAGUCAGUGACGUAUUUGCCAUUCAGCUCAUGCAGAUCCCCCAGGUGACUGAGGAAGUGGCCAUAGCUGUUUUGGAUUUGUACCAAACAGUUUCUUCUCUUGCCUUUGAAUACUCUCUCCUUGAGGGUGAUGUAAGCGCACAGGAGGAGAUGGUUAGAACACAGAGUAACAAUGUUGUGAAUGCUGCUGCUAGUAAGAAUAUAUUUCACUUUGUUUGGGGCAUUGAUUGAGAUCUGGUUGUCAAAAUUAUGACUCCAUAAUUGCUCGUGUAAAUAUGAUGGGUCUAUUACAUUUGCAUUGUUUAUUGGGUCUAUUACAUUUGCAUUGUUUAUUCUCAUUUUCCAUCAGACAAUGUCUGAAUGUCAUUUGAGUCUAUUACGCAACUAGGAAUUGUCCGAUUGUAUUUUCAUUCUAUGGGUAAGGAGUGGGAGUGGGAAUAGAGGUUUGGGUGUGGCGGUGAAACUUUGAGAGUCAAAUACAGAAAAUCAAAGACUCUGGAGGAGAAGUCAUAGCAUUGUAUAUCCUUAUUCACAAGUUUCAAGUGGAUGCACAUGAUUCAUGUUUCCACUAGAUUUGUAAUAAAUAAGUGAAAUAAAUCAUUGUAGAGGGCCUUAUACUAACUGUGCAGAAGAAAGGCUAAGGCGCCUGUUUUUCCAAGUUGUUUUCCUGUUUUCAGAAAUGGGCAAUGGGUGAGUAUAAAUGUGAAAA